AAGGAUAUUUGGGUGAUCUUCUUCACGUAGUCUGAAUUGAAGCCUGGAGAUUAGGCUGCAAAUUGAUUAUUCCCGAGAAGUGGGUAAAUGGUAAUAGUUGAGGAUCAGCUCAUUGGAAAAGGGUGGAGUCCUUGUCCUCCAAGUGAAACCUGGCCCAAUCCUGUUGUGGCCGUCCUUGACGGAUUGGUCUGAACGACAACAAACAGGAAUUAACAAAUUUUACCGUCUGUAGUACAACUUUACCAUAGUACAAACUAUAAAAUGUCAAAGCUGUACUGCAAAUUAAGAGGAAAAAAGGGGAAGAAAUAUCCAUCAACUCUUAUCUAUGGCUAUAAUUUCUUCCUCGGGAAAACUGAAGUCAACUUCCCUGAUUGUUUUUCUCCUUCUCUUACAAUUCUCUAAAACCAAAGGUCAUGGAGGGGACGAGGGUGGCGGUGACCAUGCAAACUUGCAUGAUAAGGGCUUAAUCUUGGUGAAAGUAUGGUGCUUGAUCAUUCUUCUAGUGAGCACUUUUGCAGGUGGCGUCUCCCCCUACUUCUAUCGAUGGAACGAAAAUUUUAUCCUUUUAGGCACACAGUUUGCCGGUGGGGUUUUUCUGGCCACCUCUUUGAUUCAUUUCUUGAGCGAUUCUAAUGGAACUUUCGGUGAUCUCACGACCAACACCUACCCUCUUGCAUUCAUGCUGGCAUCGGCGGGCUUUCUACUCACCAUGCUUGGUGAUUGCAUAGUCACCUAUGUUACAUCAAAUGGUGAAAGAGAAAGAGUGCAAGUGGAAGAAGGCAGAACUGGUAAUGAGCAUCAUUCUAAAGAUAUAGGAAUGGAUGCCAAUCCAGUUUUCUUGAGAACAACGUCUUUUGGGGAUACCAUACUUCUUAUUCUCGCCCUGUGUUUUCAUUCAGUUUUUGAGGGCAUUGCCGUUGGUGUUUCAGAUACCAAGGCAGAUGCAUGGAGGAAUCUUUGGACAAUUUCGCUGCACAAAAUUUUUGCGGCCAUUGCGAUGGGCAUUGCACUUCUCAGAAUGCUACCGAAGAGGCCAUUUCUGUUAACCUGUGCUUACUCUUUUGCCUUUGCUAUUUCUAGCCCCAUUGGUGUAGGGAUCGGGAUUGCCAUUGAUGCUACAACUCAAGGGAAAGUAGCUGACUGGAUGUACGCAAUCUCAAUGGGACUUGCUUGUGGAGUUUUCAUUUAUGUUGCCGUCAAUCAUCUUAUUGCCAAGGGCUUCAAACCACAAGCUCAAUGUUACUUUGACACUCCGUUCUUCAAGUUUCUUGCUGUGCUUCUUGGAGUAGCAGUUAUAUCAGUUGUUAUGAUCUGGGACUAAUAUUGUAACUGUUUACUUACAAAUUUGUAUGUUUCUUCAAUUCUCUAUAUACUAAUUACAUGAAUUUCAGAGUUUGUAAAACACCACCUUUAUUUUGUUAUCAUCACAUCAUUAAUGAAAAAAACUUGUGCAAGUGUCAAUUGUCUCGACAUAUUUGGCCAGCUUGUUCAUCAACAAGCUGAUACACAAUGAAUGCAACAUCAAAUAUCAAAUACUACCAGAUAAUUAAUUGCAAGAACAUAAAAUUAUACAUUAAAAUUACUCUAUUAAUCACAAAUAAAAUCUGAUAAAUGAACUAUUUUCACAAAACCCUUUUAGCCAUAUACUCUGGCUAAAUCUGGUUUAUCUUUAACUUGAUGAUUAAGCUUGGGUGAUUUGCUUAGUUAUUUACGGUUAGAACUUUCCAAUCAUUUCUAUUCUUGCUUAAAAGGGAGGUGGGUCAAAAGUCCUUCACUUCCCACUAGCUUUGCGACUCCCCAGAGUUCUGUUUGGUUGAGAGAGCUGCCAUCACCAACCAAAUGUGCAUGCCUCAGUGAAUCUUUCAUGAAAAUGAUCAUCAUCAUGAACGUAAAUGAU